GGUUAUAAUUUUAGUAAUUUCAUUGAUGAGUAAACAUACUUAACUCUGUAUUUAGUCAACAUCAUGUAUUUCAGUUUGAUGAUAAACUCUUUAUUCAUAAAGAUACGCAAAUAAUCGUACAUUUUCAUAUGAAUGGAAAAGGAACCAAUUUCUAUUUAGACUUUACGCUGCAAUGGAAGAAGAGGAAUGUUUACCACAAGAAGAAUCUGCUUGGGCAGAUGAAUUAGACGUAGACAUAUCACAGUUGUGUCGCAUUUGUGCCAACCCAAAUGAAUAUUUGAUCCCAAUUUUCCAUGGUGAGGGUAAGGAACACGAGCUGGAGGAAAAAAUAUCAAAACAUCUUCCAAUAAAGGUUGCUGAGAGUGAUACACUACCCACAAAUCUUUGCUACCAGUGUGCGUCCACUCUGAUAGCUUGGCAUGACAUGGUAGUAGGAUGUAUAGAAGCAGACGACAAACUGAAGUCUGUCUCCGGCAAGGACACUAAGACAACCGAUGAAAUCACAAAAAAUGACACCGAAGUUGAACAGGACAGUAACUCUCAACAAGCUAGUGUUCCAGAAAUGCAAAUUAACAACGCUGCGUAUAUUUUACAGGAACAAGAACCGGAAUUGACUUCAUCAGUAAAUGAGGAAAAUGUAAUAGAAGAAAUUAUUCCUGCUGACAAAUUUGAUGUUAUAGAAGAUAAAACUGCAGAUUCAAGGUCUGUGAGAAUGGAAGAACAGAUGGAAUACAGUGAUAAUGACUUACAAGACGAACUUUUGAGUGACCGCGAAAGUGAUGAGGAAUAUGGUACCCUGUACAACUGCAGUAUCUGUAAAGCCUCCAACAUGGCACUCAAGGACUUUUUAGCUCAUUCUAAGAGGCAUACUAAAGAAGAGAAGCAAACUGCUCUUAACGAGAUUGUUAAUUAUAAAAUACUUAAAGAACAAGCUGCCAAAAGUUCCGCAGCCACUUUGGGGUUUAGGGUUCAAGAAAGUUUAGAGUCGUCGGUUACUUUAUACCAAUGCAUAGUUUGUGGCCAGGGGAACUUGAUGCUGAAACAAGUUGCGCUACACAGUGCCUUACACCCUCACUAUCUCGAAAGUCAUUUUUGUAGUAUAUGUCAAAAACAGUUUCCGGACCAAAAUAGUUUGGAUUGUCAUUUUGAGAUGCAUUUGGAUAAUCAUGACCUAAUCUGUGAAUAUUGUAACAGAAGAUUUGGAAUGAUCAACGAAGUAGAGGCUCAUGAGGAUUCACAUUUUUUAGCAGAAUAUAUUUGUGCCGAUUGCCGAGAAAGUUUCAGGUCCAAGGAGCUCGUUUUGGUUCAUUUGAAAGAAACUCAUUUAAAUGAUUCAAUUUGUUUGAUUUGCGACGUUGAAUUAAAAUCCAGCCGAGUGAUCGACAAUCACUUUAUUUCUCAUGUAACUGUUCGUGCGGUGAAAAGAUUAUCGCCUGGUUUUUUCUGUGAUCUCUGCGGGAAAAAGUAUGAUAGCAAAGUCGCACUGCAACGCCAUAGAAUUUUUCUUCAUAAUGAUAGGCUUCCUUUUAUUUGUGAACAUUGUGGAUUCUACGCAUACCACGAAACGCCUUUGAAAAUUCAUUUAGGAAAAGUUCAUGGUGGAAAUGAAGAUGGAUAUGUUUGUUUUAAAUGUGGAAAUAUCACAAAUGACAAGGAUAAAAUAGUAGCACCUUUGGUUGACAAGGUUUGCAAAUUGUGUGGUUUAGAAUUUAAGGAUAAAGUUGUCUUCACAAAUCAUCUAAAAUUACAUGGAGAAGUUAAAAGUGUAGAGUCAUUCCCCAAAGUCAAUUUGCAGCAAACGUCAAAGAGGGAUUUGCCUCUUGCAUGUAGUCUGUGCGGAGAUGUUUUCACAACGAACGAUUUCUGUUUGGCUCAUUCUUUGUGUCACGUUAACUCAACGUUUUGUGACUUGUGUGAUAAACCUUUCAGAAGUGAAACUGCUCUGACGUUUCACUUGAAUGAAAUUCAUGUCAGUCAAUCCCUCAAGAUUGAUAAAGAACGUACCAUUUUUCCUUUUAAAUGCAAAGACUGUACUCUAGCUUUUAGGUUAGAAUUUGAGCUUGAAGACCACUGUGAAACACAUAAAGACAUUCAGUACCAAUGCCACCAUUGCUUUAGUGAGUUUUCUACUGAUGGUGAACUUCAGGAUCAUUUAGGUUCUCACAAGGAAGAAAUUAUGUGAAAAAUUAAUUCCGUUAAGGAAUUGUCAGCUCAUGUAUCAAGGCGUUCUAUUUUAGUAAAAAAAUGUUCUUUAAGCAUUUUAAAAAUUGUAUAAGAAUUUUUUUUUUAUUUCAGUUAUCU